GAACUGUCAAAAUUAAAUACGUAAUGGUGGCUGCCUGCGCGUAGAAAUCAUUGCUGACAACAUAUUUUACACAACACCGAAUUUGGAAACCUACAGAAAACAAUAAAUUUUAUGGAUACUUUGUAAAGUUUGCAGAAUGGCGACAUGUUGUUUUGCCUGCAAUGCCACUGUGGGCAAGGCUAUAAAUAUAUUUGGUAAUGAGUGUCCGCUUCAGUCAAGAUUGAAUAUUAGCGAGGUUCUGAGCGAACUCGUCGAUAAACCUUUAAUGAAGGCCACUUCUCACAGUCAAGUACUAUGCAGGAAAUGUUAUGCUACAAUCAGUGAAUAUGACUCAUUGAAAAUAAGAUUACAAGUGAUAAAAACGGAAUUUUUGGACGAAUGGAAGAAAGUUUUACUGCUACAAAACCUCAGCUAUGACACGUAUGGUGUUUCUCCUCUUCCCAACUGCGUCACAAGAAAGAAGGUGGUGUUGCCAGCGUCGAAACUUCAACCGGUACCCCCCAAUUAUCUGCUGGAUAUCGGAAAAAUAGCGACUGUGUCGAAACCAAACCUAUCUAGUGCUAAUACGGGUGUUUUUCCACAAGCUAUGGUGAAGACAACUGUUACUAAACCUGCUGUAAACCUAGUAGUCACAGUGGGAUCAACCGUUCUAACACAAACUUUAAAUUCUGCGGUCACAACAAGUCAAUCUAAAAUCACAUUAUCACCCAGCAAUGUUGUCUCAUCACCACAAAAGUCAGAUUACAGCAUCACUGAUAAAAUGAUAUCAUCAUUGGUGUCAACAAAUAGGAGUCAAGCGAAGAAGAAACCGUAUUUGAGUUUCAACGUUAACUCGUUGCCGAAGGAUCUGCUGUCAUCUGCUAGUGGCAAUAUAGCUGUUAAAAAUGAAGAUGCAAAUAAUGAUGACCAAGCUAUGGAGAUUGAUGAAGAUUGCACAUUAGCAGUAGCCGUAACGGCAGAUGACAAUGGAAAACUUAUGUUCGACUCGAGUCCUAUGAAGAACAAAUCCAUCGAUAUAAAACCCAAGUCCAACUUCUUUGACGUUGGUCUGUUGCUGUCUCAAGACGGUAGUGUAGAGAAUGAAAAGGACGAAAAAUUUAUACUGGACAAACUGAAAAUACUCAACGAAGCCGAUAAUGAUGAGGAUGAAAAUGAUACUAUAGUGAUGGAAGAUGGCGAAAGGGCUACGAUUAUACGAGUGGGAGUCCAAAGAGUUAUGUUCGAUGGAAAAAAGAUAUCUCUGGUCCAGAACUCGGACAACGAGACGAACGACAAUGACGACAAUUUGGAUUCAAAUGACGAGUCUCAGAUCGAAUUGCAAGUGUCCGGUGAUGAGGACAUAGCAAACGCUCUCAUAAACGCUGCCAGGGAACAAGGUGGAGCAUUCAUAAAAGUCGAGUCCGGGGAAAUGUACAGAGUGGAAACUGUGCAGAGUCAAGUUAAAGAAGAAACAGACACAGAAACAUCUCAUCUUCAGAAUAUCGUGGAGAGAGAAAGCGACGGCCUGUACAAAUGUCUGCUUUGCACGAUGAAUAUUAACAGAACAGAAGCAGUGAAAGGCGACGCAGAGUCCAUAAUGUCUCAUUUAAAGUCAGAACACACCGCUCGAGCGUAUAUAUGUUUGGUUUGUGGAAUAGUUAUAAGGAAGAAAACGGAAUAUACUACUCAUAUUGAGAACCACGCAUCUCGAGACAAAACUUUGAUAAACAAAUCUAAACUACACGAGUGUACAGUAUGCAAGAAGAAAUACAUUUCGCGGAGUAUACUCAACGAGCACAUGAAUGUUCACGCUGGAACGAGACCUUACACUUGUGCUGUUUGUGGGAAGACUUUUGCUUCUAAAUAUACCCACCAGGCGCAUCUUAAAACGCAUUCGUCAAGACCGCGUCCGUUCAAAUGCAAGCAAUGCAACAAGACAUUCUUCACGCAGCAAAAUCUCAAUCAACACGAGAAAACGCACUCCGGCCUCAAAGAAUUCAUCUGCACCAUAUGCAAUAAAGCAUUCGCCACCCAACAUAACCUGGAAGUCCACGGCGUGAUCCACUCGGGCCAGAAGCCCUACCCGUGCACCGUGUGCCCUAAGGCCUUCGCCAGGAGGGCCGAGCUGCGGGACCAUAUGCGGAUACAUACUGGUGAACGUCCAUUCGCGUGCGAUAUUUGUGGGGCCACAUUUACGCAGAGAUCGAAUCUGCAUUCGCACAAGCGAGCCACGCAUUUGGACGAUAAGAGACAUCUGUGCCAGCUGUGCCCCAAGCGGUUUAAGCGACGGAGAUUGUUAGACUACCAUCUAAAAGCAGCACAUACUGGCGAAAGACCUCUACAAUGCGAAAUAUGCAAAGCUACGUUCGUAUACCCCGAGCACUACAAAAAGCACGCUAGAAUACACAGCGGCGAGAAACCGUACGAUUGUGAGGUUUGCGGUAAAGCAUUCACUUCCCGUGACAAUCGCAACAUGCACAGAUUCGUUCACAGCGAUAAGAAACCGUACGAAUGUCUCACUUGUGGCGCCGGGUAUAUGAGGAAACAACUGCUUUACACUCAUAUGAACACUACGGGGCACGUUGCAGAAUCGAUCGUAGUGAAUCAACCGAGAGUCAUAAAGACCGUCGAAAACGGAUUAAAUACGCCACUCAUAGAUGUUCACGGCAUUGAAUUAAAGAAUGAUAAAUUAUCCGAUCCGCUAAUGGAAUCAAUAGAAGAGUUACAAUUGGAUGAAGAUAGGAAUCACGAAAACGCUGCCGAAAACGACGACACUCCUAAAUUGUUCAUUACUGAAGAUAAGAAAAUUAUUUUACAAAACAACAAGGCAUCGAUAAAUCUUGUCCAAGACAGUGAAGCAGCCUUCCUUAGUUUACAUAACCUGAACGGCCUUAUGGAAGCGUCAACCGAAGAUAAAUUAGAUGAACAAGCACAGAUAAUAACAACAGACGAGAAAGGUGCUACUGUUCGUCUGAUACAGAUACAACUCGCGGAUGGCAACACUGGAUGGGUUGCCAUCAACCAUCACGACGAUAACUUGCAAUAACAUCAAUAAAAUAAAUCAUGUGUAUUAUAUUUUGUCAUACAUGCUUGGAAAUUUAUAUAUAUUAUAUUAUUCAACAACCUUCUUUGAGAUAAAUCGAAAUUGCUGUACUGGCCACAUACAUGAGGCAAAAGUUGUAUGAAAAUCCAUAUCUGUCGUAAACAUAGAGGUAUGAGAAUAGAGUGGGGAAGGCGGCUCUAAAAGUUUCCCUCUAGUAGAAAGAGAAAGAAGAUGAGAGA